AAAGUUGAAACCCAGGGAUAGGACGGAGAAAGCAAAGUUAACAAACACCGUUUCGCACGUGCCGAACCUCGAAGGUAACGAAGCGAAACCCCAAAACCCCAACACUUUUGUGGCGUUGUUUCGUCCCUAUAAAUAGUUACAGUUUCCCAUCACACUCGUGUCUUCCAUUUCAUUUCUGUCUCAAACACACACACUUCGUAGCCUCCGUCGUUCCGAUCUCAGAUCUCACUCCAAUGGCUUCCCUCACCAGAGUCUCCAUGUCCCUCUCUUCUCUCCCCAACCAAACCCUGGUUUCUGGUACCAGGUUUGCUAGCCCAAGUACAGUUUCACUUUCAAUGAAUGGGAGAAUUUUCCCAUCCAUCACAAUGCAGCCCAGGGCACCCCGCCUUCAAGUUGCAUGUGCGGCCAAGCCAGAGACCGUGGAGAAGGUGUGUGCCAUAGUCAAGAAGCAAUUGGCAUUGCCAGAGGAUUCAACUGUCACUGGAGAGUCCAAAUUUACCACUCUUGGAGCUGAUUCUCUUGACACGGUUGAGAUUGUGAUGGGGCUUGAGGAGGAAUUUGGCAUUAGUGUGGAAGAAGAAAGUGCCCAGAGCAUCGCCACCGUUCAAGAUGCUGCUGAUAUGAUUGAUAAACUUCUUGAGAGCAAGGCUUAAAUUAGCUAAGUGGACAUAAAAUGUCCAGUUUGGAGUUUAAUUGUUUGUUUGAUGGAAGGGGAUUUUGAUGUUUUAAUUAUAUCUUUGGUAUUUCAGUUCUAUUCUUCAAGUGACUGCUAGAUACUUUCUGAACCAUAUUUGGAUUACUAUAUAGUUUUAAUUUUGCAAAA